CGGCCGCGGUCAGUUUACCUUUGCCAGUUGGGCCGUACGGACGCGGAUCUUGAGACUAGAGCGAAUCUUGUUCAUACGUUUGAAUUUUGUCAAGAAUCUGAGCUCGUGUUUCAUUCCCCGGGAGUGGAAACCAAAGAACCGGAAGUCACCACGUUGAACCGCUGUACCGCGUUGGAAACACUCGUGGACGGACUGCGCCCGAUAGUGAACGAGAUGCACAUCCAUCCGGCCUCGCCGAACUCGGCGUCUUCGCACUCCUCGGAGGAGGACGCGGCCACCAAGAUCCAAGCGGGCUUCCGAGGCUACCGGGUGCGCAAGGCGAUCCGGAACCAAAAGGGAAGCACCAGCAACGCGACCGGAAGUGGUGGUCCGUCCGGGGCGUCCGGAACGCGGGGAAAGAAGUCGGCGGCCAGCUUGGAGGACAAAUCGGCCACCAAGAUCCAGGCCGGCGUGCGCGGGUUCCUGGUGCGGAAGCGCCAGAAGACGGCCACCGAAGCGGCCACCAAGAUUCAGGCCAGCUUCCGGGGCUUCAAGACGCGCAAGGAUCUGACCAAGAAGGAAAAGUGAGGAGUGCAUAAAUUACGUCGAGAAAGCUAGACGUCGGUGUCGAUCACCGCACCGCCGAAACGGAGAAGAUCGAUUACCAGCGGUGUUUCGACGGUUUAUAAAAACGGGGAGAGUGCCGACGAAGAAGAAUAACAAAGUGCUUCCAGUUAGGAUAGUAUUAGGGUUUUGUGAUCUGUUUUCCCCCUUUUUCGUUUCGUGUCUGCUUUUAGAACCUCCUGUGUUUAGUAUAAAUACUAGCUAGUAGUUAAACUUCUGGACUGUGGGUGCGUGGCAUCUGGCGUCGCACGGAAAGUCGAAAUUCAGCCGGGAAUAACGGCGCCUCCAAGCGCUCGGAACUGCAAGCUGACACUCCUAAACGAUCGCAGCGCCGCUGCUGUUAUUGUUCUCGGCGGAGCUGAAAAAUUUAAAAUAUUCGAUUGGAAUGCAUCAAAAAUCAAAUUUCAAAAACUCCAGCGUCGCCACUGCUGCUCCCACAGCAAGUCUGAAGAAUGAGUGUGUUUUAUCUUCUCAUAUUUUGUAUUAUUUUCGUGUAUCUUCCGCCGCUUUCCCGGCAUGUGUAUUUUUCACUCUAGUCUAUAAUUAGUAGCAUCAUAUAACCGAGGCGUCUUCCCUUUCAUUUUAUUUUGCCUGAUCUGGAAAAAACGCGAAAUAAAUCAGAACAGAAUCCGUCGAAAUUGGAAAUAUCGGGCGUGGCUAGAGAAGAAAGUGAAAUUGCAAAAAUAUGCCCAAAUUUGGGUCCGAGAUGAGCAAUUUGAUGUACAUUUACGUUUCUUUUUAUGUGUAGUGAUAGUCUGCUAGAGUUUAAGAAUACAAAUGGAGGAAAAAAAUAUAUUUUGUCACAAGCUUCAAACUGUAUACUUUAAUCGAUAAGAAGUUAUUAUAGAACAUUGUGACAGCUUUUGCUAGCAUGGACAGAAGUGUCGUCCACAGAGAACAAGUAUUUAUACCGGUACCAAGUGAUUGAAAAUUAAAUAAAAAUGUAGCUAUUAGAACAGAGUACAACUGC